UCUUUUAUAUAAAAAAGCGACACUUAGCUCGUGCUAGAAAAUGCAAAGUUUUGAAAAUACGUUUGUAAGAGGUCCUUCGCCAUCAUAUUCGGAUUCCUCGGAAAAUGCCCUUUCACUGCCUAUAGGUGCAGUAGUAGAUUUUGGCCGUUCUGAAAUUGGGUCAAAAGCAGACGCACUUGGCUGCUUUGAGGAGAAAAAAUCGCAUUCCUUCGUCGGUGAAAUCUGUUCUCACAUGCACCCAUCUCGUCAGGGUCGUAACACGUUUGCCUUCUGGACCGUGGUUGUGAUUCUAUUGGUCUUGACUGUCAGCAAUUUAGUUCUGACGCUAACAAUCAUUGGUGUGUUACGUUUGGGCAAAGGUGUACAGGGCAUAGAACUAAUUCCUGAAUUGGAUGUUUUCAAAUUUUAUGGAUCUACCGACUUGGAUCGAGUAUUCACCAAGUCGUUUGGUCAAAUUGAGGGAUUCACCGACAUACCAGUAACCAUUGGAGGCGAAGGCGGUGGUGUGCACGUGCGGGUUUUUGCUAGAAAUGGAGUACCGAGUGACCGUAUUGUGCUUGACAAGGACGGAAUUGUAGUGCGUGCCACAAAUUUGUUUGAGGUCAAAGACCCGGAUGGGCGUUUGUCUAUUUUUACGACCCAUCGGCCGCAGUACAACAUGCCGGCAGGUGUCGAUGUUCUCAAAGCCAAAGCUGUCAGCGCCAGUCGAAUUACCAGUCCUAUUAGUGAACCAUUAGUUUUGGAGAGUGAUGGUCGUAUAGCAAUCAAGGGAUCCGAGGGCAUAUCGUUGGAUGCGGCAAAUGCUCUCCUGCAAGCCGAGCACCAUGUCGCGAUCAACGCAACGCAAGGUGCUACCGUCCUGGAAGCUGGCUCUGGCAUAUUUCUGGAUAUGGACCGUAUACCGAUCGUUAGUUCGGAGCUGGGUUUGCGCACAGGCAGCGUACAAUAUAAGAUUUGUGUUUGUAUGCCACAAGGGAACCUCUUCCGCAUCGCCAUACCCCGCGUCCAUAAUGGUCCCAAAAUAUCGUGCGCCCAUUUCAGCGCCAAAGAAGGUGAAGAUCCGUGCGCUGUUAUUUAGGCGCAUGAGAAAUCAUAAUUAUAAUAAUGAUUAACUUUUAAAUCACAAUAUGUCAUACGUAUACUUCCCUUUUAAAAUUGAAUGAGUUGUUAAAACAUUUACAAAAUUGUAGAGAGACUUCCAGUUGGCUAAUAAAGCAAGAAUAAUUAAAAAA